AAUGGGAUUUCUUGUAACGAACAAGAGAAGGGACUGCUUCCACUGUUGUGUUCAUAUGUUUCUACCAUUCAAUUUCGUCCUUGUUUUGUUUUCUUCUCUUAAUAAUUAUAAUAAUUAUUGUUGUUAUUCCAGUAUUAUUCUUUUAAUCCUUUAUAAUUUCUUCCCCAAUAUAGAUUUAUGUAGUUACGGAGUAUUAUUUAUGUUGCUGCGCCUCGAAAUUUCUCGCUUUUAUGCAUUCUUCGCUGUCACGGUAGAAGAAUCUUUGGCGGUGGGGCUAUUUAGCCCUAGCAUUUGCUCCUGCGAUACAAAUCUUGGCGCUGUGAGCUUUGAUUGAUCUGCAAUGGAGGGAGGUUCAGAAGGAGAGGAGAGCAACAAGAACGCUAAUCACAGCCCUUCAGAUGGGGGGCAGCACAAGAAGCCUAAGCGCCAGAUGAAGACUCCUUUUCAAUUGCAAACCCUAGAAAAAGUAUAUGCCAUGGAGACAUACCCAACUGAGGCAACUCGAGCAGAUCUGUCAGAUAAAUUAGGCUUGACUGAUCGGCAGUUGCAGAUGUGGUUUUGUCAUCGGAGAUUGAAGGAUAAGAAGGAAGCAGCAGGUGGGGCAGCAUUGAAGCCACGCGUUGGACAUGCUGAUGGGAUUGGUGGUAAGAGAAGUCUCAUGGAGUCACCUAGGGAUGAAGAAAUGGCUGAGCCAGGUAGUGAUCAUGGGUCUGGAUCAGGCUCUGGUUCCAGAUCAAGUCAGUUUGAUAAUGGGGAUGACAUGCUGACAGGACCUCCAAAGUAUUAUGAGCCACCAAGGGUGGUAAAGCAACACCAAAUUAUUGCUUGUAUUGAGGUGCAGUUGGGACACCCUUUACGGGAAGAUGGACCUGUUCUUGGUGUGGAGUUCGAUGAAUUGCCACCUGGUGCAUUUGAGGCAUCUAUAGCGGAGACAGAGCAUCGGGAUCGUUAUCAGCAUUCCUAUGACCGAAUGUCGUUUGGGUCACGUGAAGCUAAGCAAAUCAAUACAUUACCAAAAACUUCCUGUGAGCCUGCUGUGCAUAAGGCUAGAUCUGAUCGAUAUGGUCAAGUUGGCCCAUCCUAUAUCUAUGAUUCACCUGCCAAUGGUCCCAGUGCUAAAGCCUUGUCAGUCACAGAAAGCAAUGGGAACCUUUCCAGGGAAUAUGUUGCUGAAGGCCAUGUCUCUAGUGCCAAUUUAUUGUUUCAACAGAGCAGACAGGGACAAUUUUCAUCUCCUACUGGUGAUGGUGAAUUUAUUGCUUGUAAUGAUGGCACUUCACAGAUGGAGCGGAAACGCAAGACUGAUGAAGCUAGAACUGAAAGAGAAGUUCAAGCUCAUGAGAAAAGGAUCCGAAAAGAACUUGAGAAGCAGGAUCUUUUAAGGAAAAAGAUGGAAGAACAAAUGAAAAAGGAAAUGGAAAGACAGGACCGUGAGAGAAGGAAAGAAGAAAAGAGAAUGAUGCGAGAACAGCAGAGAAUGGAGGAGAGAUUUCAGCGUGAGGAAAGGCGUGAAAUGGAAAGGCGAGAGAAGUUUAUGCAGAAAGAGCUUAUCAAGGCUGAGAGGAAGAGACUAAAAGAAGAGCUGCGCGCAGAGAGGGAAGCAGCAAAACAAAAGGCUGCUAUGGAGAGGGCAGCAGCACGCAAAUUUGCAAAGGAAUCCAUGGAGUUAAUUGAGGAUGAAAGAUUGGAACUAAUGGAAUUGGCUGCUUCCAGCAAAGGGUUGCCCUCAAUUCUUUCUCUUGAUUAUAACACCUUGCAAAACCUUGAGUUAUUCCGAGAAUUUCUUUGUGACUUCCCUCCAAAAUCUGUCCAAAUGAAAAAGCCAUUUCCCAUCCAACCAUGGAUUGAUUCGGAUGACAAUGUCGGGAAUCUUCUCAUGGCUUGGAGAUUUUGCCUGAAUUUUGCUGAUGUUCUUGAUCUUUGGCCCUUCACUCUUGAUGAAUUUGUUCAAGGUUUCCAUGACUAUGAUUCAAGACUUCUGAGCGAGAUACAUAUUGUGCUUCUUAAACUGAUAAUAAAGGAUAUUGAAGAUGUUGCGCGAACACCUUCUGGUGGGCCUGGAACAAAUCAAUAUAAUGCUGUCAAUCCUGAAGGCGGACAUCCUAAAAUAGUUCAAGGGGCCUAUCUUUGGGGGUUUGAUAUAUGCAACUGGAAGAAGCAUUUAAAUCUAUUAACAUGGCCUGAAGUACUGAGGCAACUUGGACUCUCAGCUGGAUUUGGGCCUCAGUUGAAGAAAAAGAAUAAAGAAGGGGCAAACUUCAAUGAUAGUGAUGAGACUAAAGGAUGUGAAGACAUUGUAUCCACCCUAAGAAGUGGUUCUGCUGCUGAAAAUGCAGUUGCAGUUAUGCAAGAAAAGGGGCAUAUGCUUCAGCGCAAAUCCAGGCAUCGGUUGGCACCUGGAACUGUAAAGUUUGCUGCAUAUCAUGUUCUUGCUCUUGAAGGAGAGAAGGGCUUAAAUGUUAUAGAGCUUGCUGAGAAGAUUCAGAAAUCUGGUCUUCGUGACCUCAGAACAAGCAAGACGCCUGAAGCUUCUAUUUCAGUUGCUUUGUCAAGGGACCCAGUACUUUUUGAAAGAAUAGCCCCUUCAACAUACUGUGUUCGACCAGCUUUUAGGAAGGAUCCUGCAGAUGCUGAAGCAAUAAUUUCAGCAGCAAGAGAGAAAAUACAGAGAUAUCUAAAUGGAUUCUUAGCUGGACAGAAUGGUGAUGAUGAAGAAAGAGAUGAUGAUUCUGAAUGUGAUGCCACUGAUGUUCCAGAAGUUGAUGAUUUGGGUACUCCAUCUGCUGCUAACAAACCUAGUUACCAACAAAGUGAAGUUGAGGCUUGCUCACUGAAUGAGAAGUACAACCUUCCUGAAGAAGUUACUCUGCCAAAUGGAUUUGAUACUGUUGGUAUUAGGGAAAGAAACCCUGGCCAAGAAGGUGAAGAAAUAGAUGAAAGCAAAUCAGGUGAACCAUGGGUUCAAGGACUUACUGAAGGUGAAUAUUCUGAUCUUUGUGUUGAAGAGCGCCUAAAUGCUCUUACUGCAUUGAUCAGUCUUGCAAAUGAAGGGAACUCUAUCCGUGCAAUUCUUGAGGAGCGACUUGAUGCUGCAAAUGCUCUUAAGAAACAGAUGUGGGCUGAAGCACAAUUGGACAAAAGGCGUACAAAGGAUGAGAAUCUAAAUAAGUUACCUGAUUCUUCUUUCAACGUUGUGGCUAAGGGCAGUCAAAGUCCAUUGGCUAUUCCCGAUUAUAAAAAUCAUGAGGCAUCAACAACUGCAGAGGUAAAUGAGACUUCUACUGGUAAUACCAGUACGAAGCGUCAUCUUGAAAUAUUUUCAGCCGAAAAGAGUUCAGUAGCACAGGAACUUACCACGAAUCUGCCAAGUGGACAUACUGCAGAAAGGUCACGCAUGCAGUUGAAAUCAUUCAUAGGCCAUAAAGCAGAGGAGAUGUAUGUCUACAGGUCUUUGCCUCUUGGUCAAGAUCGAAGGCGUAAUCGUUACUGGGUAUUUGUUGCCUCUGGUUCUAGUCAUGAUCCAGGGUCUGGCAGGAUCUUUGUUGAAUCACCUGGUGGCUGCUGGAAGGUCAUUGACACUGAAGAAGUAUUUGAUGCUCUUUUGACAUCUUUGGAAACACGGGGGAUUCGGGAAUCUCAUUUACAUAUGAUGCUGCAAAAGAUCGAGAUUCCCUUCAGGGAGUGUGUUCGGAGUACUAUAUCAAAUGCUGAUUCUAUGGUUCAACAUAGAAACACAACUGGACAUGAAGCAAGUAUCAGCCCUGCUUGCUAUGCCAGUGCUGAUAGUCCUAACAGUAUGGUCUGUAAUAUAAAUUCUGAAGGAUGCGAAUAUUCUUCUUCUUUUAAAAUUGAGCUGGGAAGAAAUGAGAUGGAGAAGGGGAGUGCUUUGAGGAAAUACCAAGAUUUUCAAAUUUGGAUGUGGAAAGAGUUCUUUGGUUCUUCAAAUUUAUGUUCCGUGGAAUUCAGGAAGAAAAGGUGUUCACCUUUAUUAGGAAUAUGUGAUGCCUGUCUUGAUUCUUAUCUUUUUGAAGAGGGCCUUUGCCCGUCUUGCCACAGGGCAUUUGGCAAAGUUGAUGGCAUUAUAACUUUUUUGGAACCAUCAAUCAAUGUGGACAAAAUUAAAGUUGACUCUAAGGAUUUGAUUGUCUCAAGUCCUCCGAGAAUCAGAAUGAUCAAGGCCCUGUUAUCUAUGCUUGAGGUUUCUAUACCAUCUGAGGCACUUCAGCCUUCUUGGACAGAAGAAUGUAGGAGGAUAUGGGGUUUAAGGCUGCACAAUUCAUCAUCCACUGAGGAUCUUCUGCAGAAUCUGACUCAGCUUGAAGGAUUCCUGAAGCGUGAUUAUUUGUCAUCAAGUUUUGAGACAACUAAGGAAUUGUUGGGCUGCUCUACUUCACGAUUUACUGCUUGCCAUUCUGCUUUUCCUGGAUCUGUUCCUGAGCUUCCCUGGAUACCACAAACUACUGCAGCUGUGGGGCUGAGACUCCUGGAACUUGAUGCCGCUGUUUCCUAUGAUCCAGAUCAGAACACCAAUGAACUCAAAGUCAGCUUUAUAAAGCCUGCUUUAGGGUAUGCUUCCACAAAGAACCUUCAAAAGGUAGAGCCCAUGAUGUUGGAUCAGAAUGGACAGUUGAAAGAGGAAAACUGGAAUUACUCAGGCAGGCAAGUGGUCCGCAGUAAAGGAAUUGGUCGCCCACGUGGAAGAUGGCCAAAAGAAACUGCUGCAUCGGUUUCAGGAUCUUCGAGGCCUAGUGCAAGACACAGCGAGACAUUGACUCAAGUUUUAAUCCAACAGGGCGAAGCACAGGGACAUAAGCAUAGGCGUGGUCGUCGAACUCUGAGGAGGAGAAGAACUGAGAAGUUAGUCAUCGACGAGAUACAGCCCGAUUAUCUGGGUGACGAGGCAAACCUUGAAAGGUAUUCACAAUCACCUAGAAGCAAUGGCCAUGAAAGAGAAGCAAUUGACAUGAAUAUUGGAAGAAUGCAAGUUGAGAACGAUGACAACAGUUCUAGCGGGGAAUCUGAUGACAGUGCCCAAGAAAACCCAUACGAGUUUGGGAAACGACAAAUACACUUCAAGGUUUCCAAUAGAGGUGAUGACAUGAUGGAAAUACCAAAUGACGAUGUAGAUGAUAGUAGCGAUGACAAUCAAUGUGGAUAUCCAGAUUAUAACCAAAAUCUAGGGGGCGGCGAUGUAGACAUGGAAGACGGUGAAGAUGAGUUGGAUGGAAAUGGAGAUUCAGAGGAUGAUCAAGGCUCAGAUUCUGAAGUUCAUGGAGAUUAUAGUGAUUAAAUUCUAGAAAUUUUUGGGGGUACUACCCACUUGCAGUGGGGAAAUCCCGGUACUAAAAUUUGUACUCUUCCAAUGACAGUUUUUGAAGAAGUGCGAUUUUUGUAUAUAACAAUGUCUUAGAAUACCACAAGAGUUGCCAGCGCGAACUGUAAUAAUACAAGGCAACCAAUGGGUUAGUACUAUUUGUUAGCAUAGCAUUGGUAUAAUUUUGUUCAUUAGAAAUACAUUUUUAAUGCUUUUC